AUGUCGCUUUCCGGGCAGCUCCUCCGUAACCAAACCCUAAAACCCUUUUUCCGAUCAAUUUCCGCCGCCGGCGGGUCAGCCGUAAAAUCACAUCACAAUGACCACGAGUUCCUUCAAGCAAACAAGUACCUUAAUUCAUGGAGAAAACCUAAAGAUCCUAAAGAAGCCGAAGCUAAACUCGCGUUUUUACGACGCGAAUAUGCGAAGAAAGUGAAGGAAGUUAGGAAAGAGUACAUACAAGAAAUGGAGAUGCAGAGGAUUGAGAAAAUGAGGAAAGAUGAAGCGAAAAAGGAAGCGCAAAGGAUUGCUAAUGAAGAGAGGAAAGUUGCUAAAGCUGCUGAGAAGAAAGCUAAAGCUAUGGAAAGAGAAGCUGCUCAACAAGAGUUCCGCAAAACCCUGCUUAAAGAAAGACAGGGAAAGCUUGAAUACUGGAGGAUGAGGGAAAAGAACUUCUCAGAGAAGAAGAAAGAGAAACAAGAUCUUCUACGACGGCAAAGUUCCAUGUGGAUUGAUGAAAAAGAGUUGGAGAAAAAAGCACUUGAGGCUAUCGUUGAUACUAUUCAACUUUGAAUUGUUUUCUUCCUCAAACAUUUUGCUCGACUGUUGUUGGUAGGACUGUUUUGAAUAAACUCCAAGAUGUAACUUAAUUAUUAUUAUUUUAUUUU